AUGGGAUGGUACAUUCAUCUGGAACUUGAAAACGGGAAUUGGUGGUUGUCACUCCUAAUUGACGAAUCAUUUAUUGAAGUUGGUUAUUGGCCAGGCGAACUGUUCCCUUUACUUAAACAAGGCGCGGAACAUAUUUACUGGGGUGGUCGUGUAAAGGCAGGAAAUGAUGCGAUCACUCCAGAAAUGGCUAGUGCUUUUUAUCCCAAUGAUGAUAACGAUCACACUGGUUCUUAUGAAAACCUUAAAUAUUAUGACAAGAACGAAGAAUUUUGGAUGGCUGAUCACAAGGCUCAGCCUCAGUCUGUAAAUGAUUGUAAAGGAUAUUAUGCUACUAUUUGGGAUGAUUCAAAGAGCAUCCUUCGAUAUGGAGGACCUGGUGGUGGCACUUGUUAUUGA